AAAAGGGGGAGGUGGAUCGUUCUUUUCGUUCAACGCAUCGUCGAAUGUGGAACUCGGGUCGUAAUCUGUUGUAAUCCAAGCUAAAAAUUAAUUUAAGAUAGUUGUAAAAUGACUGAAACGCUUCAGCUAAGAGGUACACUUCGGGGGCACAAUGGAUGGGUCACCCAAAUUGCGACAAAUCCGAAAUAUCCGGAUAUGAUACUCUCCUCUUCACGUGACAAGACUCUUAUUGUAUGGAAAUUAACGCGCGACGAAGCUAAUUACGGUAUACCCCAGAAACGGUUGUACGGUCAUUCUCAUUUCAUCAGCGACGUANAUAUGUUACAGGAUACGAGUCGUACAUCUGUUACUUAUAUAUAUCAUGACUAUAGACGUGUUCGAAAAGGGGGAGGUGGAUCGUUCUUUUCGUUCAACGCAUCGUCGAAUGUGGAACUCGGGUCGUAA